UUUUCCGUUUGGCGUCAACGGAAGACCGCCUACAUGGUUAUGUCAGACCAAGGACCGAAUCAGGAAGCAGGAGCAGGAGCGAAGUUGUCGUGUGGCUGCUUCCUGGUACAAAUGGCGAGCGCCAUGAAAACAGGGUUAUUGACAUGGGACUUACCAAAAGUGCUAUUCUUAUUAAUUUGUAUUCACUUUACACGCCCGUUAAAUGCAGUGUCAGAGCCGGGUAAAUGGACCUUGAACGCCAACAGUGAAACUACAAAGAAGCAGAGCUUUUUCCUCUUCACCAAAACAAUGUUUAACAAUACUGGCAUUCAGCUGAAAUGGUUGACGGAACACUGUGAACCUCCAGUUAAACUCAACAUCUCCUGGUACCUAAGGAGCUCCCGCUGCUUCGACGAGGUGUUCGGUCUCGACCCUCUGAAGGCAGGGAGCUACUUCAGGACGACAGAUGUGAAACAGGAAGGAGGAAGUGGGUUCUAUGUGUUCCACCAGUACCCUGCCAUUGAGUGCAAACAGACCAUGACCCACAGCGAGUUCUCUCCCAACAAAUUUGAGGAGCCGACUAGGCUUACUGAGCCAGUUCAUGAACAGCCUGUCACUGACAAGGACCAAGCGACGAGGAAAAGGAGCAAGGAGGAUCCAAAGGAGGCACUUGCUGAGAAAAAUGCCCCAGUCAAAGCAGAGGCAACUGUGGCCACAGGGAAAGCCCCAGCCCCCGCUGCAAAGAAAGAAGUGCAGUUUGCAUCCCAGAACUUUGAUGCAGUGGCCCAGACCUGGGAUGAUGGCCCUUACAUGUUCAUCGUCCACAUCCAAGAGAUCAAGCAGAAGAGCAGCGCCACCACCGACUCUGUCCCAACACAGAACUGGAACAUCCAACUGCAAGUCAGUAUGAAAGGACCCCAUGACUACAUCUCAGCUUCGGAAUGGCCUCUUAUGAUCUUCUACAUGGUGAUGUGUGUCAUCUAUGUGUUGCUGGGCCUUCUGUGGUUGGGCCUGUCAGCCUGCUACUGGAGAGAGCUGCUCAGGAUCCAGUUCUGGAUCGGCGGGGUCAUCUUCCUGGGCAUGCUGGAGAAGGCCGUGUACUACGCCGAGUUCCAGAGCAUCCGCUACGACGGCCUCUCAGUCCAGGGGGCAGUAGUGUUUGCGGAGGUCCUAUCAGCAGUGAAGAGGACCCUGGCCCGUGUGCUCGUCAUCAUCGCCAGUCUUGGUUAUGGAAUUGUCAAGCCAAGGCUUGGUGCGUUGUUACACAGGGUGGUUGGGGUGGGACUGCUCUACCUUAUAUUCUCCGUUGUCGAGGGAAUCCUGAGGGUCAAUUCGGCUGAAGAUGAUGUGGUGCUGCUGGCUGCCACUCCUUUGGCUGUGCUCGACACUACCCUCUGCUGGUGGAUCUUUAUCAGCCUGGCCCAGACCAUGAAGCUCCUUCGCCUCCGAAGAAACGUGGUCAAGCUCUCCUUGUAUCGCCACUUUACCAACACCCUCAUAUUCGCCGUUAUUGCCUCAGUCAUUUUCAUUAUCUGGACGACAAAGACCUUCAAGUUUUCAAAGUGCCAGUCGGACUGGAAGGAGCUGUGGAUAAAAGAUGCCUUCUGGCGGUUCCUCUUCUCCACCAUCCUUCUGGUCAUCAUGUUCCUGUGGAGGCCUUCGGCCAACAACCAGAGAUAUGCCUUCAGCCCCCUAGUGGACGAUGAGAGUGACGACGAGGAAAAGGAACAGCUGAUGACCGAUACAUUUGAGGGGGUGAAGAUGAGGGGUCUGAAGUCCGAGGCAAAUGGAACAGCCAAGCCAAAAGUGGAUGAGGAUCUGAAAUGGGUCGAAGAGAAUAUCCCCUCUUCAAUGGCAGAUGUUGCACUCCCACCUCUACUGGACUCUGAUGAGGAGACCAUAACAACCAAAUUUGAGAUGUCCAAAAUGGAAUAGACGCAAGGGAGACGAUGCGUACUGCAGACAGAGACAGUGCAGCACGUUGGACAACCCUACGUCUGUGUAUGAAGGAUAUUGUUAUCCCUUCCUUAUGAGCUUUGUAAGCAGCGGUUGUAAAUACGAUGGGAUAAACUAUGACGUAAUGAGCAGACUACUUUUCUUUCUUUUUUUGUAUGCCUUUUUAUUUAUAUUUUCAUGGAUAUGUGUUUGAAUUAUUUUUUUUCCGAGAUUCUUUACUACAAAUGGUAUCUUGCCUUUCACUGUUUACAUAGCUAAAGUGCAGAAUGUGAUUUAAAUGUGAUUUCCGCAAUGUUCUUUCUCCAAUAUGCAGUACAGUUAUACACACACUCCCUUACAACUCUCCCCACACACACUCAUUAUUUUGAUCUCUCUGACUGUCUGUCUGUCUAUCUCUUUCUCUCUCACUAUUAUACACACUCACUGCACUACAGUCCCCGGUUCACCCUUUUCUUUCGUUCUUCUACAAAAAUGGCCAUUAGUGACAUCUCACUGUUCUGUUUCUCACACAGCAGCCUUUUAGUGACUGUUAUCUAAGCGGGUGUAAUUCUCCAGACAUAGUCAAUACACAGUGACUUGCCUGAGGGCAGAGCAACAUCACUGCAGGACUGUUUUAUGGUGUCUGUUCCCACUGAUAACAACCAACUAUCUGGUCAACACAUCCAAUAAUGAUGGUGUUUUUCUUACAGCUGCCACUUUGUAUUAGUUGUUAUAUUGCCAAAAAUACCUUUAAGUCAUAUUGUGAGCUUUUGUUUGUUAAUAAAUGAACCGCUAACACGCAUACGAAAACAACAAUAUCACCUUUAUUUGUCCUGAUUGAUUGAUUUGCCAUUUGGCAGAACAGGAAUGUAAUGACUAUGUAAUGAUCCAUGUCAUGAACACCUUUAGGUGAAUGAGGUCUACAUUCCUUGGARGGCUGUGGCUUGUGGGUAACAUCUCAAUGAUGCCACGCUGUAUUUUGUCUGUCACUGCAGGUUAUCAUUUUAUGCACAUUCCGUGUAUGUUUAGCUAGCCAAUAACGUCACAUAACAUGUAGCUAUUAUCUUGGGAUUAAUAUCUGUUUAUAAUAUGCUCUGUCUGUCAUCUCUCUAAUAACUUAAUCCCAGAGAUUUAGUUUUGACAGAACAGUAUGGUGGUGAUUUCACGGAUAGUGCUGUAUCAAGUGCAUUUACAGAACGGUAACAGACAUGUCCCUCAACUGCCAGGGCAGUGACAGACUAUAGCAGACAUGACUUUCUGAAACAAGUAAUUUACUCUGAGUGAUCACAUCACUUGACGCUAUUCAAUGUGAAAUUGAAGUACUCCAGCUAAUACAUCAUGUACAAAUCUGCUAUUAGGUAAAAGGAUGUAGGAUUAUCAUAGAGAUGAAUGACCAAUAGCAUUUCCAUAAUGCCUUCCUAAGUAUAUAUAAGCAGCCAUUUAUUGUACAUCAACAUUCUAUGCAUAAAUAGCCUCCACAAUUAAGGUUCUUUAGUUGUUCGUUUUUCAUCUUUAUUCUAGUUUUUGACAAUUUGCUAUGUGUGACAUCAUUGAUCAACAAAACAUAUCAAUACGGCAGAUCAAUCUGCGUUACAGUGAGAAGAUGUGUUUAGAAAAA